AUGGGAGGUCAUCAUCAUGAGCAAAAACUACCUCCAGUACCAGAUUGGAGAAUUUACAAAGUUGAUGAUGUUCCUCAAUUGGUCGCAGUUAGAAAAGCAUUAGCAGAAUUUCUCAAUAAUCCCAAACAACCGAAAAGUUUUACUUAUCCCCUUUUUAGAGGUUUUAAAUAUGGUCUUAUCGCAGCUGUCAUCACAACAUUCGCUGAAAAAGCUUUUUACAAUUAUUAUUAUGGCGAUGAUGGUCAUUCUCACCAUUAA